AGGCUCACCCUCUUGCACCCCUAGAUAACCGUCUCCUAGAGAAGGCUGAGCUGCUGGCCCGGUUCUCAGAGAAGCUGCACCCAGAGCCAAAUGAUGUCACUCCUGCUCCCCACCAGGGCCCCUGGGAGGAGGAGUUGGGGUCUGACUCAGACCAAGUCCCGUCACCAGCCACUCUGAGGGUGAAAUGGCAAGAGAAGAAGGAGGAGCUCCAGCUGGACUGUGGUAAGAUGGCCUACCAGGCGGUGGAAAAGAACGUUGCCCUGGGCGCCCUGGAGUCCGAGCUGGAGGAACGGCGCAGCAGGCUGGCGGCUCUGGAGACUCAGGUGGCGCAGCUGCAGGAGGUGCGGGCACAGCAGAUCCGACAGGUGGAAGCGCAGCGGACGCAGAACGUAGCCCAGCGGUUGGCCUACGAGGCGCUGCGCGUGCACCUGGGACUCCAGGAGGCGGCAUUGCGCAGGCUCGAGGAGGAGGCGCGCGACCUGCUGGAGCGGCUUGUGCAGCGCAAGGCGCGCGCUGCUGCCGAGCGCAACCUGCGGAACGAGCGCCGCGAGAGGGCCAAGCAGGCACGGGUGUCCCAGGAGCUAAGGAAGGCUGCCAAGCGGACAGUGAGCAUCAGCGAGAGCCCAGACACCCCAGGCAUUGGGACCAAGGAGAAGGCUGAGAUGACUCUGACCGUGCCUGCUGAGCCACAAUUUCUAGAGAAUGAGGCUGGUGAGAAGUGGAAACGGCCCUUUAGGUCUGCCUCUGCCACCUCCCUGACACUGUCUCACUGUGUGGAUAUGAUGAAGGGGCUUCUGGAUUUUAAGAAGAGGAGAGGACACUCAAUUGGGGGAGUCCCUGAGCAGCGAUACCAGAGCAUCCCCGUGUGCGUAGCUGCCCGACUUCCUACCUGGGCUCAGGAUGUGCUGGACGCCCACCUUUCUGAGGUCAAUGCAGUUCGUUUUGGUCCCAAUAGCAGCCUCCUGGCCACAGGAGGGGCUGACUGCCUCAUCCACCUCUGGAAUGUCGUGGGAGGUCGCCUGGAGGCCAACCAAACCCUUGAAGGAGCUAGCGGAAGCAUCACCAGCGUGGACUUUGACCCCUCGGGCUCCCAGGUAUUGGCAGCUACUUAUAGUCGGGCCGCUCAUCUCUGGAAGGUGGGAGAGGCACAGUCCAAGGAGACAUUGACUGGACACACAGACAAGGUGACAGCCGCCAAAUUCAAGCUAACAAGGCACCAGGCGGUGACUGGGAGUCGAGACCGGACAGUGAAGGAGUGGGACCUCGGCCGUGCCUACUGCUCCAGGACCAUCAAUGUCUUUUCCUACUGUAACGAUGUGGUGUGUGGAGACCACGUCAUCAUUAGCGGCCACAGCGACCAGAAGAUCCGGUUCUGGGACAGCAGGGCCCCCCGCUGCACUCAGGUCAUCCCCGUGCAGGGCCGGGUCACCUCCCUGAGCCUUAGCCACGAUCAUCUGCAUCUGCUCAGCUGUUCCCGGGACAACACACUUAAGGUCAUCGACGUGCGAGUCAGCAAUAUCCGCCAGGUGUUCAGCGCUGAUGGCUUCAAGUGCAGCUCUGACUGGACCAAAGCCGUGUUCAGCCCAGACAGAAGCUACGCGUUGGCAGGUUCCGGGGAUGGAGCCCUUUAUAUCUGGAACGUAGACACUGGGAAACUGGAGAGUAGCCUACGGGGACCCCACUGCGCUGCUGUGAAUGCUGUGGCCUGGUGCUACUCUGGGAGCCACGUGGUGAGCGUGGACCAGGCCCGGAAGGCAGUGCUCUGGCGCUAGGGCAUGAUUUCCGUGGCCUGGGCUGGAGCUGUCGUCCGAA